CGCACGACACAAAGGGCACCAGUCACACGUCACACCGCAUCACUAUCAAUCUGUCUCAUGGAAAAAAGACACGGCAUCCGUCAUUGUGGUGUACACAUGGCAUGCACGCACAAAUGACCGCACCAACGCAGCGCCACCCCACAAAUACACCACGACCCACUCUCGCAAAAAAGAGUACCCACCAGAGCACAACCUGUACUUGUGUGCCAAUGCAGCCAGCAGACAGCUACAGCCAAGGCAUGGCCAUGUCUGCAGGGCUAUCUGCAGAGACCUCACGGAUUUCAAACCGCAGCUCACCACAGCACUCGCUCCACCCAUCAGGCCUCACCACAGCAGCCAGCUGCCCAGCGAUAUUAACACAGAUAGAUAAGGCAGCCAACUGAACACCCGCCACUCGCCUCCACCCUCGCCGCCUGCAGCACAUCAGCACCGUCCCUUCCCUCACUCAUCCUGUUUGCCCAUGAUCCUUUUGAACCGCUCCUCAUUGCUGUAGUAGACCAGCGCCACCACAAGCGGGAUCACGAAGAUGUAGAUGGACCACGCCGCCACAGCAACGGUCAGGGUGCUCUCAGCGGGGAGGAAGGAGAGCACCUGCUGACUCGCCAGGCUCGACAGCUGCAGACGUGGGCUUCGUUGGAGCAGUGCUGCGGUGCUCCUGGACGAUAACAAGGGAGAUCUGCUGCUUGGAGAAGGCGCGACGAAGGCAUCUGCCGAUGUUGAGGAGGCGAUGAAUAGGAUCAGCAGCAGCAGAACGAUGCAGGUGGAUAGAUGAGUCCGUGAUGGUGUUGGCAGCGUCAUCCGAGCGUCAGAUCUCCGCUCCCUGGCGAAUCGUGCGGCCCGGCUGUUGAGUGCGUCUGCGAGGAAGGCCAAAAGCGGCGCCGCUUGAAGCUGCAGAGCGAUAUGUUUCUCCUCCUGUGUUUGGACGCCUGGUGGGCGCCUUCCUUGACAGCGGUCCGUGUGGUGCCGUCGGUGCGCCACUCGUAGCUGUGAGCGAGCGAGAAGCGCCACAGCCCUCUGACCGUCUCAAACCACUCAUCUGAUCCACACACACGACAGAUAAGCACACACAGACAGAGAGGGUGGGCAUCGAUAUCCGCUGCUGACCGACCAAGGCUGGUGGCCGUGUCAGUGAGGCGUUUGUUGAGCAGCCGCGGCAGAGACGGCGCCUCGGAAAUCACACUGUCCAACACGUAAUACGUCUGCGCCACGCACACACACACACACACGCAGAGAGAAACCACACAGCACACAGCCAGUGGUGAAGCAAGCAGGCAUGAAAGAGUCCUUGAUGGUCAGUGUACGUUUGUCGAAUGCGUGACGUUGGCCUUUCGCGUCAGUUUGGCGAUGAUCCAGAGGUCUGAGAAGGUGAUGAGUCCCCGCUGCUGCAGCUCCUCCAUCUGCAUGAAUCGACUGCACCACACACACUGCAAACACACACACGUGAACAAUAGCGUUUGCCCUGCCGCUGUCUUGUCGGUUUGACUCACUCAGGCACCUCUCAUUCAUGCAGCGCCGAUGAGUCAGUCGAUUUAAAGUGCACUCAGGCAAGACAGCACACUCACUCAUUCACUGCCUGUCUGUGUCUGUCUGUCAGUGCCGCGUGAGCACAUUGCAUGAUCCUGGU